GACCCAGGAUCGCCACCAUCGUCCAUUCCGUUCAUCAACUUUCGCCCCUCCCUCAUCCCUCUAUCUUUCCAGAGCACCAUGUCUGCGAACGACGCUGCCGCUGAUACCACGGGAAACGAGGAGUUGAAGAGGCUUGCGGAGAACUUCCAGUCCGAUGAUGCAGAUGUCAUCAUUCGCGCAGGAGGCGUCGAUUUCGCCACCUACAAGUUCAUCCUCAGCCAUGCCUCCACCAUAUUCAAAGACAUGUUCACCCUUCCUCGCAAUGAAGCUGCGCAGGAGGGUUUACCUGUCGUUGAAGUGACGGAGGAUGCCCAGACCAUCCAUAACCUUCUCUCAUUUCUUCAUUACAACACCGAGGACCCUGAUCUCAGCGAUCUGUGCGCGAUCCAUCGCAUAUUGCUUGCCUCGCGCAAGUACGAUAUAGCGAAACUCAAGACACGCAUUGCGAAACGGCUGCAGGCAAAGGCGCCUGAAAACCCUGCGCGAGUCUUUGCCAUUGCUUAUCACGCAAUGCUGCCAGAUGUUGUUCGCAUUGCGGCGCAACACACACUAUCAGUCGAACGAUCAGAAUUGAUCCUCAGCUUCACACCCGAGAAUCACAGUAUAUCUGCGGAGGUAUUCCAAAAUUUAAUUCGCUAUCAUACCCUAUGUGGAGAGGUGGCGCAGGCACAAUUGGGGGCACAGCAGGCCAGUAAUGUCUGUACUGGUAUGCCAUCGGAUUGGUCUUGGUUUGGAUGCGCAGAGUGCCAACCUCCGACUUUGGAAUGUCCCGGGGGGUCGAGUCUUGUCAGACUUAGAUUGCAGGGUUCUAAAAAAUCACGUUCGUUGGAGGUCUAUCCAAAAAAGUGGUGGCUGGACUAUUUGGCCUAUCUUGGGGAGAAGCUCAAAGUGCAACCUGCAUCUGUGGACUUCGCCGAUCGCGAUUUGCUACAGAGAUGUUCACAUGUCUCGUCCAAAUGUGCGACGUGCGGUCCUAGGGCGAUACCUGACUUGAUGAAGUUCGCUGGGCUGCUCGAGGCGCGAGUGAAGAGCGCGGUAGCGAACGUUGAGCUAAAAUUGGAUGACAACGAUUUUAUGAUCUGAACGAGUAUCUUUUCAUGGCCAAUUAUACUGUCCUGAUUGCUUUCUUCGCGGGAGAGGCGUCCCGUUAUUGACUCUUUUUCUGAAUCCGCUAGCCAAUGAAUAGUUGCUUUACGUAUCGGCUUACGGUGGGGACUUGCCACAAGCGGAUUGAAAUGUACAUGUUACCGAAUCGCAAAAUCCAUUGUUGCCUGCUACGAUGAGGCUUUUUAUCACGCC